AUGGGAUACUUGAAAAACAUCAAGAACCGACUUGAGUCAAAGGUUGAGCUAUUAAACAGCGUCUGCUCCCGACCGAACCCUGAAAGGCCAACUCCUCAAGGUAACCUUCAGCUGGUCGAGUCAAACUUUAUCCUUGUUCAUCUCGACAGCUUAGUCACCCAUGGGCCUGUCAGGCUCCUGGAAAGCUUCCCCGAUGAGGCCGCGGCUGCUUUGCUGGCUGCUGACCAGACUUGGCGAGCGACCAUUGCAACAUCUCCGGACAAGUUUCCGCAGUGGAUCAAGCUGACGGGGGUAAAGCUGGAUGAAAAAGCCAGCGGGGGCAAGGAUGAGGCAAAACAAGACGCGGGGAUGGUUGAAUGA